AUGACUCCAGUAUCUCACAGUGACUAUCGCACAGUCAAAUAUCAGACAGUCACUCAUGUAUCAGAGAAACUCAAGUAUCACACAAUAACUCAAAUUCACCACAACUUAUACAUGCAACUUAAACCGUCCACCUCUCAUCUAGCUCGGGGUCUGGCCAGGAUGAUGUCGGUCAACUUCUGGUACAAAUUCACUAUAAUCAUUGAGGAUACGUUGUACCAAGAUGGAUUUUACGCCGUCUUGCAGAUUUUUACGCAGGAGCAGAAGUGGGAUAUAAAUGUGAUUCGCUUUUCUUUGUUUAGAAAUUCCAGUAAGUAUAUAGAAAAUGUGUUGGCAGCACAACGUAGCAACUCGUCUAGGAUAUUUAUCAUUCACGCCAGUGUGGCUUUGGUGACUAGGAUAUUUAAACAAGCGAGAAAGCUCGGUCUAGGCGAGCAUGAGUUUGCUUGGAUUAUCACAGAAAAUGCCUAUUCAGUGGACAAUGAUAUUAUUGAGCAUUACGUUCCGGGGACGCUGGUGUUUUUGAUGAACAGGGCGCUAUGUCUGGACGACCUGGUGAGAGACGCUGUGUCACUGAUCGGAACGGCGUCGGAGGAGCAUCGCCACGUCAUCAAGUCGGUCUACAAACACAGCAGCUCCUGCUGGCCACGAAAAACCACGCGACGCAUGCGUGGCCUUGAUAUGUACAGAGCAAUUUUGGACACACACAUUUACGGUAAAACGGGUCCUUUACAAUUCGACAGUGAUGGAUAUCUUAAAAUGACUAAUUUUAAAGUGAAAAAUCUUGUAUUUGACGGCAGGAGUAACGUGUGGAGAGAGAUUGGGUGUAUACAAGGUGAGGACAUUAGACCAUUCAAAAUGAUCUGGCCCGGAGAUGCUCAAGACAUUCGGUCAUCAACGCAGGGCAAAAAACGAUACCGGGUGGUUACAAAUCCCGUUCAGCCCUUCGUGAUGAUCGAGAGGCCCCACUCCGAUUAUGACACGUGCUUAACGGACACUGUGUGUCUCAACAUCACGUCUAAAAAUAAAUCUCAAGCCAUAGCAGCCAUCGAGGAUUACGAAAACGGCGUUAACAAUAAAUCAUAUAAGAUAUACUGCUGCCGGGGUCUUUCAAUAGACCUGCUUAACAGGUUAGCUAGUGACCUUGACUUUGAGUUUACCCUGUACAUCGUUCAAGAUGAGACGUACGGACAGAAGAAGAACGGGACAUGGAAUGGGAUGAUGUGGGAUUUAAUGGAAGGAACGGCGCAUUUUGCUGUUGCCGCAUUCAGCAUAACUCGUGCUAGAACAAAAGCUAUAGAUUUUACAGAUCCCUAUUUUUUCUCUGGAUUUUCUAUACUGUAUUCGGAAAGAACACGGGAAACAAAUAUGGAUGCCUUUCUAGAACCCUUUUCUUUGGAUGUCUGGUUCGCUAUUUUUGUGAGUGGCACUUUAACAGCGAUCGCGAUGGCCUUGUUCGAAUGGAAUAGUCCAUUUGGACUAAAUCCCUGGGGCAGGAAGAGGAAAGCUAAUUACACUUUGGCCUCAGGAUUAACUAUGGUGUAUUCGGUUCUCUUCGGCCACACAGUUAAAACGAAAUCCCCCAAAGCAUGGCCAAGUAAAGUUAUGCAAAACUUUUGGGCGUUUGCUUCCAUUUUUAUUAUUGCAAGUUAUACAGCCAAUCUCGCAGCUUUUAUUGCCGGGAAACACGCUGGCAUCAACUAUAUUGAUAUCAACGAUCAAAGGCUGCUGAGCAUUCGAGUAGGUUGUCUUCCCGGAAGUGCUGUCGAACAGUUUUUGAAGAAAGUACAAAAUCGACUCGCGGACUCUUCGUCUCGUUGGAAAGUUAAAAAAACCGACAUUGGGAUCAGAAUGGUCAUAGAAGGAAAGCUGGAUGCCUAUCUGGGAGAUUAUCCAAUUUUAGACUAUGCAAGGGCUCAUUUAGCGCCAAACUGUGAACUCAAGCUGCUGUCGCAAGUGUUCGGCGACGACAGAUACGGCAUUGGCAUUCCGAAAGGGUCGCCGCUCAAAGUGGCGCUGUCUAAAAACAUCAUGAAGUAUCACCAGAGCGGCUACAUCGACGACCUGACGGACGUGCACUUCGCGGACGCCCAGUGUUUCAAGCAGAGGAUAACGCAGGAGGAUUCGCAGCUGGAGGUGCAGCACCACGCGGGACUCUUCGUCAUGAUGUGUGUGGGCAUCCUCGUCGGGGUGAUCGUCUGCCUCAUAGAGUACGCCGUCUACGAGUGGGUCGUGCCCAAGGCAAGGAGCGCCACGGGACAGAGCAAGUGGAAGAGUUCGCACGUCAUGUUUUUCAGUCAGCGUCUACAUCGAUGUAUCACAAGUGCUGAACUGUUGUCAGCGAAUGACUCCGCCAAGGAGAUGCUCGAUAUCAUACGUAACAGAGAGUUUGCCCGACUCUUUCAAAAAAGUACAAUUAGAAAAAACAAACUUGCUGAUAUGGCAAAGACUAAACGAAUAAACAGAAACUUUUAUGAUAUCGUUGAAAAAGCAAAAUGGUUACAGCAAAUGAAAGACAAUAACCUCAUGGACGACUCUGUCGAUACAGACCCUCCAACCAUUAUCGGGAUACCCCUGAAGGAUCUGGGCAUGAACAUCGAGAGAGCUGCGUCCAUUCAGGACGUGGAUAGAGUGUCCCAUGAUGGCGGGGAGGAGAGUCAUUCACAAGAGUGUCUUCUCGGGGGCGACAAGAAGGAUGCGUCUGCUGCUGAGAGAUUCAUCAAGUCCAACGAUGACCAGUCAGACUCGUCCAGCGAGUCUCUGCUGAGUGCCAGGUCGCCACACCACGAGCCCGUCACCUUCAUGCUAGACUAUCCUAACAACGUGGGGAACCUCCAGUCGCCAGUGUUGUCUGGCGGGGUGCGAUUCUGGGACUCUUUGCCAAACGGUGACCUUGUAGGUUUACACGAUGAACCGACUCCUUCCAAUUCCAUGCACAAUCAAAACAACCAUGUUAAAGAACUAGCAGACGACAGUCACAACUACAUGUCUUCCCACUGCAGUAAGGCUGUUGUUCCAAAAACAAACUUCAUGGUACGGUCUAUGCUCCACAAAACGCAGUCGUACCAGGACCACUUGUGUAGUGCAGACGAUUCUCACGCAGGGGGUUGUCUGAAAAAAAUGACGAAAGAGGAGCUCUUGGUGAUGUGGAAAACGUCAGAAAUCAGGUUAAAUAGACAGCUGAAUCAGGCAUUAAAAGAAAAGGCAACGUUGGAACGUAAGCUUGCUCAACUGCAGAGACAUUCGCCAGUUUGAGUUGUGUCGUAUGUGUGUGCUUGCGUACGCGCGUGCGUGUGCAUGUGUGUGACAUUUACGAAAGACAGCCUCCAUUAGCCCCACUCCUUGUAUUUCUAUCUGAAAAUGUGAUAUACAUUUUAAAGUUUUCAAUUUUUAAUGUUUUAUGCAAAAUACUAUUAUAAUGUCUUGUUCACCUUAGGUGUGAGUUUGUAUUUGCGUUUUUAUUGACUAAUGUGAAGCAGGUAUUUAUUCAAUA